UGCUUGGUCAAAGUUUUUUCCUAAAUAGCAAAAGAAAAUAAGAAAAUCUACAUGGACAUUAAGAUGAAUCAAUUGGAAGCCACGUCGACGUCGAUAUUAGAUUGACUGUCACCAGUUACCAUGUUUGUGGAAUCAAUUUCAGUAUAAAAAAAUCUGAGAGGCUUCAUAAAAUCUUCCAAGCAAAAAAAUUCAUGGUUCAAACUAUGGAUUUCAUUUUGCAUAUUCUCGAUGAGCUGAUCCUGUGAAACUCAUCAUCAACAGCAUGUAGAACUGUCCUAAUAUGCGUCUCUGAGCUGAGAAUCAACCAUUAGUGUUCUUGUAGUUGAUGCUCAGAAGCUGUUCGAUACAAUGACUCAAAGACUGCAUCUUUGUACACAAAUUAUUUUCCGCAAUUGGUAUGGUUUCCUCCUUUUUUAGCUUCCGGAAUUAUGAUAUGGCUUCCACUUAGAUUCAUUUCUAGCUCCGUGUAGAAUUCCUUAUGCUAUUUCGUUAUCUUUUCACUCAAAAUUACUUUUAUCAAGCAUAUCAUCAAAACACUUUCUGUGCAUAAAUUGCAACAUGUUUGCCCUUUGUCUUUUUUCCUUGUUGAUUUUAAAGUAUACCCUUUAUCUUUUAUACCAACAACUAGUCAUGCUUUUUCUUAUAAAAAUUAAUGAAUGCCAGCUAUGAAAGAAACAAUACAGUUUCAAUAAUUGAGUUAAAUUGAUAAGAAUAGGGAAAAUAAUUGAUCUUUAACAGUUAGAGCACUUUUCUCUCAUAUUUUAUGGCCAAAUUUUGAGAAUUCAGUAGCAUUCUCAUUCACACUCUUCUCUCAUAUUCCACUUUUCUCUGCAACUCCAAAGAAACACACCUACAACCAUGGCAGCUUAUGCAGCUCUGCUUAAUCUGAUGCAUAUCAUAGAUAACCUCCGUCUUCAUCCUCGCCCUCCUCUUCAUCUUCACCACAAACAAGCUCAUCUCCUCACUGAAAAAGUCACACACCUCCAAGAAUUUCUCAGACGCUACAACCCUCGUCUCGGCUACAGCACAGAAGCCGAUCCCUUGGAGCUUCGCAUUGCAGAUGCAGCUUAUGCAGCUGAAGACAUAAUCGAAUCUCAUAUCGUGGAUCAGAUCACAGGUGAUGGCGGAGAGAUGAGCUUCGAGGCCUUGUAUCAAGCUCUAGACAAGGUGAUACAAGACAUGAAUCUGAUCGAAAAAGAAGCCAUGGAGAUUGAAAGGGGACUCGGAGUUCUAGAUCAUGUUCAAGAAAACUCGAUGUAUUCGGAUUCAAAGAGAUCGUUUUCCAUGGUGGGAGUUGAAGAUGUCAAAAUUCAACUGAUGGAUAAGCUCACUUCUGAUUGCCGCGAUCUACUGAUCAUUCCCAUUGUAGGAAUGGGCGGAACGGGUAAGACGACUCUUGCUCGAAAUAUUUAUCAGGAGCGUCUUAUUACAGAGCAUUUUCAUACUUGUGCUUGGGCUACCAUCUCGCAAGAAUAUAAAGUUAGACAUAUUAUUGACCAAAUUCUUGGACCAAAUAAUGAUAAAAGUUUAAGUGAGGCUAAAUUAGGAGAAAAGUUGUAUAAAGAUCUAUGUGGUAGAAAAUACCUAAUUGUAAUGGAUGAUAUGUGGGAUAUUCAUGCAUGGGAUAGAGUUAGGAGGUGUUUUCCAGACAACAAAAUGGUAGUAGAGUAGUCGUAACAACUAGGCUAUCAAAUUUGGCAUCUGAAUUUCGGAGAAGUAGUAGUCUUGAGAUGGAGCUUUUGGACGAGGCUCAUAGUUGGGACCUUCUCUCUAAAACUGUGUUCGCAGAGGAAAGUUGCCCUCUUCAUCUCGAAGAAAUCGGGAAAAGGAUUGCGAAAAGUUGCAAAGGACUUCCUUUAUCAAUUGUUGUGAUUGGAGGACUUCUUUCCAAGUCUGAACAUACGAGCGAAUUUUGGGAAUACAUAGAGAAAAACUUAAGUCCGAUUGUGAACCUAGAGGAUGACGAGCGUUGCUUGAAAAUCUUACACUUGAGCUAUAAGCAAUUGCCGGUUCAUUUGAAACCAAUCUUCUCCGAAGACGAGGUGAUUCAUGCCUCUAGGGUUGUUAGGUUAUGGAUUGCGGAAGGAUUUAUAAAACCAGUAAGUGGGAAGAGCUCUAAAGAGGUGGGGAAAUGUAUGUGAAAGAGCUUGCAGAUAGAAAUCUUGUUUUAGUUCAUGCGAUAGGGAGUAUUGGAGGCAUCAAGGAGUGCAAAAUGCAUGAUUUGUUGAGAGACUUCUGCUUGAGAGAAGCUCGGAAGGAGAGGUUUUAUAGUAUUGUGGAUGGAGAGGGCGAAACAAAUGCGCGACGCGGCAUUGUUUUUCCGACCACAUCAAUGGAGGAAGUUGCGCAUGCCCUGCAGUCCAUGCCACAAACCCGUUCUCUGAUUUGGGGCCAGAACGUAAAACCACCAUCGCUAAGAUUGAGAUGGCUAAGGAUCCUUCAAUCUACGAAGCCUUUCGUUUAUCAAGAAACGAUGCUCCAGUUGGUUAAUCUUCGGCACGUUGCUGACGUGUCUCUGAAGGAGGAGAGUGUAUUUCCUUCAAUGCAACGAUUUUGGAAUCUUGAGACCUUGAUCGUUGUAGGAGGCUUCGACGGCUCAGAAUUUUCCUUGCCAGCUGAGAUUUGGUGCAUACCUCGAAUCAGGUAUAUUCAGGUCGAGUAUGUCCAUCUCCCCGAUCCUCCUGUUGGCGACGCUGCUGCUGAUGACAAUGGCGACGAUGGUGGUGGUGUCUUACGAAACUUGCACACGCUGAAGAAGAUAAGAAACUUCAAGUGCUGCGAAGAUGUGGUUAAGAGAAUUCCCAAUAUCAAGAAAUUGGGAGUGUACUACAAAGAAUUCGACGAGACAAUGCGUCUUGAGAAUCUUUUCUCUUUACAUAAACUCGAGUCGUUGGAAUUCGGUAUAUCAAUGGAUGGACAGAGCCUUAACUUCCCUCAUUCGCUCAAGAAGCUGCCUCUAAGAUUGCUCAACUCCAAGUUUAGCCAAGAAGUGUUGGGAAUGAUAGGUGUUUUGCCCCAUCUUGAGAAGCUCACACUCGAUCGUGGCAGUUUCGAAGAAUGGAAGUGGGAAACAGUUGCAGGGCAGUUCAGCCGCCUGAAGUUCUUGGAGAUUUCACGGUCGACUAUAGUAGAAUGGAAGAUGGAGAGAUCCCACUUUCCGCGCCUUGAGAAGCUUGUUCUUAGAAGGUUAUAUUACAUGGAGGAGAUUCCUCUAGAAGUUGGAGAGAUUCUGACUCUUGGAUCGAUUUACUUCGUGUUUGGCCACACUCAUGCUCUCAAUUCACUUUUAAGAAUAGUAGAGACACAGGAACUCUACGGAGUCGUAUCCAUUCGAAUUCUACUAAGGCUUAAAUAUAUAGUGAAAUAUGCAGAUGAAUGGAGCGAAGUAAUAAAGCAGUGUAGGAACAGUCCCUACAUUCGAUUUGAAGUUUGAACCAUGACAAGGUUGAUACAGGCUUAAGAAGUGCAGGCCCACCAACACAAGCCCCGUUCGAGACAGCCGAGCCUUGAACCAUUCAGAAUUGAUAUGUGAUGGGUGCAUCACUCCUAUAUCUUCAUCAUCAUCAUCAUCAUCAUCAUCAUCAUCAUCAUCAUCAUCAUCAAACUACUAUAUGAGUUGCGGUGGAUGCACUUGCAUAAUAGUGCAACAAUAAUAAUUUAGUAGGAGUAUUGUAUAUAAAAGUAAUGAGAAUGUAUGAUGUAAAAAAAAUCAUACUCAGUGAUGCGAGGAGGCGGCUUGUUGAAGGCACAUUUGAUGUGGACAAUAAACCUACAUAUUUGACAAUGAUA